UUGACGAAGCUAAACGCGGGGUCGCCAUUACUGGGUUGAGAGGAAAGAGUUGUGGGUUGUGGUUGAUUGUUUAGUGUGUGUGCGUGUGUGGUAUUUGUGUUUUCAUUUAACAAUGGUCGACAAGAUAGAAAUGAGUUUGGAUGAUAUCAUUAAGUCCUCCAAAAUGAUUCGAGGUAGCGGAAGACGAGGUCGAGGAGGACAAAGAGGUUCCAGUAUACCAAGACGAGGUAGAGGUGGGCCGACGAGGGGAAUUGGAGCCGGAAGAAGUCGCCGCGGAAUGGUGCGAUCAGCGCCUUAUUCAAGGGGAGACAUUAACAGCAAAUGGCAGCAUGAUAUGUUUGAUGGAUCCGGAAGCAAGAAGUCGAGAAUGAGUUUCGGGGGAUCGCUACCCACUGGUGGUCCUGCGAAGUUGUUAGUUGCCAAUCUCGAUUUUGGAGUAUCGGAUUCUGAUAUACAGGAGCUUUUCUCAGAAUUUGGGCCUCUGAAGUCCGCUGCGGUACAUUAUGACCGUUCUGGUAGGUCACUGGGUACAGCGGAUGUCAUAUUUGAAAGAAAAGCUGAUGCAAUAAAAGCAAUGAAACAGUACAAUGGUGUUCCCUUAGAUGGCAGAGCAAUGCAGAUUCAAAUGGCAACAUCAGAAAUACCCUCUGUGUUGCGUGGUGUUCGUGUGGGAGGUGGUGGAUACGUGCAAAGUCCAAGGUCCCGAUUGAGUGGUGGCAGUGGCGGUGGAAGUGGUGGAAGGGGAAGAGGUCGAGGUGGCCUACGCCGUGGUGGAAGAGGUGGUCCAAGAAACCAGUCAAGAUCACUUCCUACAGCUGAGGAGCUGGAUGCUGAAUUAGAUGCCUAUGUAAACAAAAUUAAGUAACAGAUGGAAACCUUGUGCCAUUGUGGAAAAGAUAUAGAAUGUGUGAAGCUGACAUACCUGCCUUUCGCAGUUUAGCGUUUGACUGACUGUUCAAUUUUGCGUGCAGUUAAUGUACACAUUGGAUUGAAGACUUAACAAUAGAGAUGUAACAAGAGUUUCUGUGUGAUGCUGGAGGAUUUGCUGGUAGAUAAUUUUACAUGGAAAAUGUCUGGGUUUUGAUCUCCUUGAAUACCUGUUGUAAUGUUUCAGGACAUACUGUGAAGCGAAUUAUACUGAAUUUCAACACUGUUAAAUAAAAUAUUUUCUAAUUGUUAAAAUUACUGCCAUGUAUUAAGCAAGUGGAAUAUUCUAACUCUGGUUUAGUUUUACAGCUGAACUGACUGCAUAGCUAUUUUGUACAUCUGAACUUUCCAACAUACAUUGCUUUCAUAAAUCAUACACCCUGUAAUACCAAGCACCAAAUAUUUUAUUACAUGGAUUUUUUAUUUAUUUAUAUCACUUACAUUGCUUUAGCUCCUGACUUUUGUCGUCACACUAUAUUAAAAAAAUAUUGAAAAUUGAUACAUUUUUACAACUCAUAAAUACUGGUGACAAAACAACAAUGAGAGUGUUUGUUUGUAGUGAAUUAAUAUUACAUGGUGUGUGUUUUUUUAUAUGGUGUGCUAACAUGAGUGAAUGGUGAUUUUUGUGGUCCUGUAUAAAAUUAUGGAGUAUGUUGACACAGUGGAUCAUAAUUUCUGAAAUACAGACUUGCUCUUUGCUAGAUUCUUUUGUAGAUUUUAAGGUGAUCAUACAGCCUCACCUUCAGUCCUUACAGUGUGUGGUGUGCUGCUGCCAUCAGGCAGCCACAGUGGAAAACUAAAGCAUCAUAUUACCAAUAUGUGGCUAUGCAUGAUAAAUAGCUUUGAGUGCAACUGUUGGCAAGGUUUUCAGUACCUUGUUUUGUAAAAUACAGUCCUCAAAUUGUAAUGUUUUAUACUAAACGUAUAUAAAUAUAGAACAAGGGAUUUCAUCAGUUUGAUAUUAAAUAAAUCUGUUGUGUGAAACUGUUGCACAUAGUUUUUUUUUUUUAAACAGUUACUGAAAUACCAGAAUGUUGAACCCAUAAAAUAAAUGUAAUAUGUAGAAAUAUAUAACUGAAAUGUGACACAAAUAUGUAAAUAGUCACAGAAGGCUUCUAUUAUGCAGGAUUUUGUCUAGGACAAUGCAGUUUGCUGGUGCUUUAAAAGCUGAACCUUGCCUGAACUCCAUAAACGAGUUGAGUAUAUUUCAAAAAUCAUUGCAUUAUAUUUUAAAAAAAAAGAUGUUGCACAUGUCCAACAUUAAAUUCUUGCAAAUAUGUUUGCAAGAAUUGCCCACUUUUCUCCUGAAUACCAUUGUAUUUAAAUGUAUCUUGUCCUUAUGUCAAAAGUGUAUGCUAUAAAACUGAAAAUUGCAGUCACAUUUUUUAAGUAUGUAAUGAACUCAGAUGAUUUUAAGUUUAUGGAUUUUUAUAAAAGUGUUAAGUCCUUAAUUCAGUCUUGCAUUUUAGGAUCAGUUUCCUUGUGCAGCCCAUUACGAUUGAAAGUUCAGCAAGUGCGUAUUGUGCAUGGAGUAACAGUAUUGGUACUGGCCAUGGGAUGCACCCAGUUAGCUUUUGAGAUGACACACAAUGUGUGAAUUGCAUAUUCUGAACCCUUAUUCUGUGCCACAUAGACAGGAGGCACGAUAAAUCAGUUUUUUUGACUGUUUUCUUAUUAUAGAGUAAUGGGUAAUAAUGUAGUGUGCUCAAGAGGUCAUCUUACAUACCGUCUGAAGUCAUACCAGCAAGGAAUGGGAGUACCUUGCAUACCCAAACUUUAAAUUCUGUCCCGGCGUUUGUCGGGUAUGAGUCAGUGUUCAGCAUGUAUGGCGUUGUUGAUACUAAAAUAUUUGUCCUUACCUUUUUAAUGGAAAUGUGACUGGACAAAAUGCUGGGAUACUCGUUUAAAAAGCUAGGGAAUUGUGAAGUCGAUGAGAACAUAAUUGUUCUCUGAAAGGGAAGUAAAUAAAAUAAAUGCUAGUAA